AUGAAGCGAUCAAUCAACGAUAUCAACGCAUCUUCGUUCGACUCCGCCAUUGCUAAGAAACCCGUCUUCCUCACCAAAUCCCACCGUGCAGAAUUAGCCCUAAAACUCCGCCAAAAUCAAAUCUCCGAUCACUCCACCCCCGAAACCGAAAACACAAACGGCAAUCGCAGUAAAUACCGAGAGCAUAGCCGCCGUAAACGAGAUCGUGAUCCAGAGAGGCGAAUCCAAGAUCAAAAGCGUGAAGAAGAAGCCAAAAGUCGCGAGAAGGCGCGUGCCGAGAAGCUACUCGAGCGAGAGCGUGAGAAGGAGCUCGACGCCAUCAAAGCGCAGUACCUGGGAAGCAAGAAGCCAAAGAAGAGAGUCAUAAAACCAAGCGAGAAGCUCCGUUUCUCCUUCGACUGGGAAAACACAGAAGACACAUCAACAGACACAAACACUCUCUACCAAAACCCUCACGAGGCUCAGCUUCUCUUCGGUAGAGGCUUCCGCGCUGGCAUGGACCGCCGCGAGCAGAAAAAGCACCAUAGAGAACAAUCGUAUGACUCGUUUGACAUGAGGGUUGAUAGGCAUUGGAGUGAUAAGAGAUUAGAUGAGAUGAGUGAAAGAGAUUGGCGCAUCUUUAGAGAAGAUUUCAACAUCUCUUACAAAGGUUCCAAGAUUCCUCCUCCCAUGAGGAGGUGGGAAGAGAGUAAGCUAAGUUCCGAGCUUUUGAAAGCUGUGGAGAGAGCUGGUUACAAGGAACCUACUCCUAUUCAAAUGGCAGCUAUACCACUAGGGCUGCAACAGCGCGAUGUUAUCGGUAUCGCAAAGACUGGGUCUGGAAAGACUCAUGCUUUUGUCUUGCCCAUGUUAGCUUACAUCUCUAGGUUGCCGCCUAUGAGUGAAGAGAAUAAAACUGAUGGUCCUUAUGCUGUUGUUUUGGCACCUACUCGUGAGCUUGCUCAGCAGAUUGAGAAGGAGACUGUUAAGUUUGCGGAUUAUCUAGGGUUUAGGGUGAGUUUAGUAGUGGGUGGUCAGUCUAUUGAGGAACAGGGGUUUAAGUUAGCACAAGGGUGUGAGAUUGUGAUUGCUACUCCUGGUCGUUUGAUUGAUUGCCUUGAGAGUCGGUUUGUUGUGUUGAACCAGUGUAACUACGUGGUUCUUGAUGAGGCAGAUAGGAUGAUAGACAUGGGUUUCGAGCCUCAGGUUGCUGCUGUGUUAGAUGCGAUGCCUUCAAGUAACUUGAAACCGGAGAACGAAGAAGAGGAGCUUGACGAGAAGAAGAUUUACAGAACCACGUAUAUGUUCAGUGCUACAAUGCCUUCUGGUGUAGAGCGGCUAGCUAGGAAGUACUUGAGGAACCCUGUCGUUGUCACCAUUGGAAAUGCAGGAGAGGCCACGGAUUUGAUUUCACAGCAUGUGAUUAUGAUGAAAGAAUCUGACAAGUUCUUCAGAUUACAGAAACUGCUGGAUGAGCUCGGCGAUAAAACCGCCUUUGUGUUUGUCAACACAAGGAUAAAAUGCGACUCUAUUGCUAAGAAUCUGGACAAGGCAGGGUACCGUGUUACAACUGUGCACGGUGGGAAGUCGCAAGAGCAGAGAGAAAUCAGCUUAGAAGGGUUCAGAGCAAAGAGAUACAACGUUCUUGUUGCAACAGAUGUUGUAGGCCGUGGAAUUGAUACUGAUGUGGCUCACGUCAUAAACUAUGACAUGCCUAAACCUAUAGCGAUGUAUACACAUCGUAUCGGACGUACAGGACGUGCUGGGAAAAGCGGUGUUGCUACUUCGUUUUUGACUCUUCAUGAUACUGAUGUCUUUUAUGAUUUGAAGCAGAUGCUUGUUCGGAGCAACAGUGCGGUUCCUCCAGAGCUGGCUAGACAUGAAGCGUCGAGAUUCAAACCAGGUACGGUUCAUGAUAGACCCCCUAGACAUAGUGACACUGUCUAUAUAAACUGAGUCGCUAGGCUCUGAAUUUGUUCUUGAAGUGAUCUCUU